GCCCAAUCUCAUCCAAUAACUUUCUAUCCUUUUAUAACACCUGACCGUACGUCUCCACCGCUUCAUUCUGGCUCUCCCUUCUUCCUCUUCCGAUUCCGAUCAGACGCCGCUUUUUUUCCAGAUAUCUCCACGCCGGAGAGUGCAGCGUCAAUUUCGAUUGCUUUUUUGAUCACCGUGACCGACUUGCAGGAGGAGCAAGAGUCACCGUCAGAGUCUUCUGAUUUUCAACUUCUAGGCUUUCAUAUGUGCUUUCAGUCGGAGAUGGCGGGCAGACAAGGCAACCAAAUUCUCGCACCUGCAUAUGUGCAUACCAUUGUUCCAUCGUUGUCCAAAAUCAGCCACGAACUGAGUAUUAUAGUGUGUCAUAUGUGAUUUAUUGUGCGCCUUUUGGACGGAGCUCUCUCCCUGUCUGUCUCCCAGUCAAAAAAAAGUCGUCACCACCUCCUUCGUUCUCCAUACUUCGUUUUUAUUCACCAGAUGUGGGAAUCUCCUGCUUUCGCUCACUACAUGUUCGAUGAAAUGCCAGAGAUUAGACCCAACGUAUGAAUGAUAAGAACUCAUGUGGAUGUUCUUCCUGAUUUGACCCUAGAUUUUGGAUGAAAGCUUUGUUUGAAUAGUGCUCAUUUUCCUUGUAUUCUCAAGAUUACAGACUAACUAUAUACAUGCCAUAAAAAAGACUUGACAACUUCUUAUGGGGUAAGUUAGUUUUGCACAUGUAUCUGCCCUCAUAUUUUAUUGUUCAUGGUUGUUAAUAUAAGAUUAGAACAUAAGGUCUUCAUGAGCAAAAGAAACAGAAUUAAGAUUUGAGUUGUUAGCAACAAUAAAUCAUGAAGAAACACUCCUAUAUGGGCUGGAAUCUGACCUUAAAUUUGUUGAUGUUUUCAUUCACCACUUUCGCUACAUAACACUCUUAUGGUGGGGAGUUCGUUUUAUGUGAUAAAUGUCCAUCUUCGUUUCACACACCUUGCCUAGGAUUUAAAGGAGGUCCCGGAUGGUGAACGGAGUUGUUAAUGAAGAAGUGAAGCAUAUAUUUGAAAUGUUUGUAUUAGGCAAAACGGGCAAAGUUGGUUACCCGGAGGCUGAACGUUGCCGGCUGUCAGUUGGGCAUCCGGAAACUUUGACAACCGGGCCCGACAUUGUGGCGGCGAUAAGAAGUAUGAGCCUUGAACUCUUUGGGAUUACUGUUCACGGAGGUAAUGUUCAUCGGAAUCACUGUUCUCGUGAUACUGUUCACAACCCUCGAUUCUGUUAUCAAGAUGUCCACGGAAAACCACAGAACCACAAUCGCCAAUCUGGAGGCAGAUGUGGCUAAAAUACGCAAGGAAGCAAAAACCACUCCAAAGUAAAACCCCCUAUACACUUUCUAGAAAUAUUGAAAGCCAUCAACGCCACAGUGAGUAACUUGGUGAGCAAGGAAGAAAAUAAGAAGCCUGAACCCAAAGAGUCACCAACCAACAAACAUUCUGGUGAAGAAGAAACGAGACUGGUGAGAAAAAGUAAGAAGCAUAUUGAACAAGAAGGAAGUAAGAGAUUGGGAAACAACAGAUGCAAAAACAUCGAGUUCCAGUAAUUGAAGAUGCUUUUAUUCAAAGGGAGAACACCGUCCCUGAGUGCGGUUUGGGUGCUGCACUCUCCACUCUCUCUCUCUCUCCUCAUUUAUUUGCUCUCUCUCUCCUCUUUCAACCAAUCACCUUCUUUCUUUCUUUUUUUUUUCUUUUCUCUCUUUACCGUAUUCUCACUCCCACAAUGUGGUUUCAUAGUAUUAAAAUGUAAAACAAUUAUGAGUUGGCGUUUACGUAGCAUAGGAGGGAGGGCGGUUUUUGUGGCACCACUCCGUCCAGCCUUAGAGACGAUCUAGGAUUUCAGCAAUAUUUAGCUGUAGAACCCAGAUUUCCACCUUGAGGACAAGGUGCUUGUUUGAGAGGGAGUAAUGAUAUAACUCUCCGAUUUGGUUAAGAUUAUCAACUAAUUAGUAAUUUUAAUUUUUUUAUUCAAAUUUGGUAGGCUAUAUUUAUUUAAAAUUAGGAUAAUCUUUUAAUUUAGGAUAAUAUUAAUUUUUGUUAUGAAUUUGGUACCAAUAUUUUACAUAUUAUUUAUUUUAG